UGUUUCCUGACAUACACCCCAAAGAACUGCAAUAAUGCUAGCAAGGCUGUAGGAGCAUUGAACAGUACUUUCCCAGUUCUUUUGAUUUUUAUUUCCUCUCUAUGCAUUCCUGUCCUGUUUAGAGCUGUGAAUUUUUACAUUUUAUUUGUGAUGUGCAUGGUUCCGAGGAUAUUAGAAAAACGUGCUGAAGGUUCACUCUGACGCAUGGCUAUUUUUAUUAGAAGCUGAUACUUUAGACUGAGCUUUAAGUGUUGCCUCUGGAAGGCCUUGGAUUGUUCUAGGAGACCAAGUCUGCAGAGGAAAUAGGCAUUUCAGGGUGCAUAAAAGAAGAAGGAACACAAUUAGGAAAAGCAGAGGACCUCCCUCCUUCUCAUUCUGCAACUCCUGCGAGAGUCAGCAACCCAGAAGUACUAUCUAAGCUGCCACAGUAAAUCUUGACCUUUUAAACAGAGUACCUCUUACCGUCAUCAUGGCCGAGAUAACAGCAGAAGGACACAUGUCUACAACCACAACGAUAAUAGAUGGUAAGAAUGGAUCUGUUCCUUCAUCAUCCAUGAAAGUGGGGAAGAAAUCAGUGACAGAAGACCUCGUAACAACAUUCAGCUCACCAGCAGCAUGGCUUCUCGUUGUUGCUCUGAUUGUUACCUGGUCAGCAGUAGCUAUUGUAAUGUUUGACUUGGUGGAUUACAAAGACUUAGCAGGUAUAGCCACCUAUUCACAGCACUGCGAUGAUCCCUGUUUCCCUCCUGGAAGAUCUGUUCACAAGCUCAGCACAGAACCACUGAGAAUCAUUCAUGAGACACUGGAAGAGUCUUCUGAUUGGAUUUAUGGCUUUUUUUCUUUACUGUCUGACAUCGUAUGGAGUGAUGAUGAUGACAAUGAUGAAGGUGAAGUGGAACCUUCCCUGAAAAAAGAAAUUCAAAAACAGAAAACAGAGAGACCUGAAAAACGAGCACCAGUGAAGGCAAUACACAGAGACAAACCUGAAAAACAAGAAAAAAUUGAGAGGAAGGAACCCCCAAAGGUGACAAGUAAAGACAAACCGGAAAGACAAGAAAAACCUGAAAAAAAGGAAAGGCAUGCAGCUGUUCACAAAGAUAAACCUGAAAAGCCAGAAAAACAAGAAAAGAAAGCACCGUCUAAAGUAACUCAAAAGGAUGUACCUGAAAGACAUGAAAAAGCUGAAAAGAAACCUCCUCCCAAAGAGGAGAAGAAAGUAAAGAGCACUAAAGUGGAAGCAAAAGUUAAAAAGGAAGUGAAGGAUGGAAAAGGAGAAGCAAAGACGGCAGAGAAGGUCAAGCAGGCAGAGACAAAAACAACAGAAACUGGGCUAAUAAAGGCCAAAACGAAAGUUAAGGAGGAGAAAGCUCUUCAGACUGUAACUAAAUCGGACAAGAAAGAUCAAUAUGCAUUCUGUCGCUAUGUGAUUGACAUGUUUGCACAAGGGGAGUUUUAUCCAGGUGCAGCACAUAAGGAAUUCGCACCACCUCGUCUUCUUCUAGAACACAGUCCAAGAAAGAAACCAGCAGCUAUUGAAGAGAUAAAAGAGAAGAAAAAGAGUGAUGAAAAGAAGACUACAGCUGAAACUAAGAUGAAAGAAAAAACAGGAAAAAAGGAGAAAGCACACGAGAAGAUAGCUGUCCCUGAAAUUAAAAAAGCAGAUAAAAAAGAAGCUGCUGUAUCCAAAGAACUCAAAAAGCCAGCAAAAGCUCCUACAGCCAACCCAGCCAUCAAGAAAGCAGCAACACCAGGCAAAAUAACAAAGAAAGAAACAAAAGUACAUGCAGCUGUGGAAACUCCAAAGUCAAAAGCAGGUCUUGAAAAAAAAGAAGGAAAAGCAACAAAGGCAGUAAUGCAAGAUAAACCAAAGAUGAAACAAGGAAAUCCUGGAAAAGAGAAAGAAUUGAAAUCUCCAGCUGCCACAAAAGAUAAAGAACAUGCUAAAGAAAAGGAGGGGAAGAAUCCUACAUCUUUAAAAGAAAAAGUAUUUACAGGUCCUUCUAACAUGACAAAGGUGGCUAGACUUUCUCCGCACAACCUUCAGAAUAAAGCAGAUUCCCUGAAAGGAAAAAAUCCCAAGAAUCCAGAGAGCAUAAGAGAAAAAGAGAGUGGAAAAAGAAAAGAUGUGAAGCCUCCAACAGCCUUAAAGGAAAAAGACUCUUCAAAACGAAAAGAAAUCAAGGCUUCAACUAAUCCUAAGGAAAAAGCUGCAGUGAAAAAGGAGGGGGAGAAGAAAGCUUCCUCAGAGAACCCGCAUGAGCACAAGCAUGAACGUGUUAAACAUGAAAAAGCUGCCUCUCAGACAAAGCCAGAGGAGAAAAUGAAACAACCAAAGACUAUUCCCACUGAGAAGUCAGCCCAGGCAAAAUCAGCAAAGCAUGAAGCAGUCAGACAUGAAAAAGAUGUCCCCCUUACAAAACCAGUCAAACCAAAAAACACUGCAAAACCAACAGCUGAAAUCCCAACAUCAGUCACAAAAAAACCAAAGACAACCAAGGAAAAAGAAGGUAGGAAUUUAUUCUAUGUGUACAUAUAUAUGUAGACGAUCACAAUAAAAAUAGUAUGAGAUUGCAAAUGUGCAUGUAUUGCUGUCUGAGGCAAUCCCUAAUAUAUCUAUGUUAAUUCUGAAAUAAUUUU